UCUGACUGCAGACAGCAAGGCAGCUCUCAAUGCAGUAAAAGGCUUUCAAAUCCAGCCGGUUAAGAUUGAAGGCAUGCAAGCAGCACAGCCUGUACAGCAGCCAAAGAUAAGCCUCGCAAACAUGGCUGCAGCAGAGGACAGCUUCAGCUACUUAAUGCCAGGAAGCAGUGAGAAGCACAGGAGGGCCCCCAACUGGACUGAUGGAGAAAUGAAGGCACUCCUGUUCGUGUGGGAGGAAUUCCACCAUGAACUCAAGAGCAGCAAGAGAAACGCCAAGGUCUACGAGAAGAUGUCUCAGAGGUUCUUCCAGCUGACAGGAGAGCAGCGCUUCAAAGAGGAGAUCAAGAUGAAAAUCACUAAUAUGUCUUUCCAAUACAGGAGGCUAAAAGCAACACAAGCUGACAACGGAGAGGUACCAGACUGGCCCUACUACAAGACCAUAGAGAAGAUUCUUAAUAAACCAGUAGAAAAUGGCAGAAUAAACAAUAUGGAUUUCAGCGCAGCUAUGGCAGGGCCCUCCACGUCUUCCCCCAGCGACCCACAGGUGCUCCACACAGAGGACGGCAUUGUGGAGUUUCUGCCCGAAUACACUGGCUCCUCAGACGAGAUGGAGAUCAAACAAGAGCUGGACUCUCUCAGCUCAGACAGCGAGCUCAUACAAGCUUCCAGCUUACAAUCUUCGGGUAAAAAACGCCUGACAGACAAAAAGCAGCUCCAGUUGAAGAGGAAGAAAGUGCGGCUGAUGCAGUGCAUGCUUCAGGAACAGAGGAGGUCCAGCCGUGCUCUGGAGGAGAUGUGCAGAGAGGUGCGGAGAGCUCUGCACCAACAGAACCUGGUCCAAGUACAGUGUCUCCAGAUGCAAGAACGUAUGAUGAACCUCAUGGAGAGAUUGAUCCAGCUCCCGUCUGUCCCGUCACAACCCAGGCACCACGAUCCUGCAAACCACUGA